UUGGCCUCCAUUUUGCCUCUAUAGCUUUCCACUCCCGAACUCAUUAGUUACACCCCUUAACCAAGCAAAUACCCUUACUCCUCAACCACUUCUCCACCAUUUCUCAUUCACUCUACUUAGACUUCCAUGCACGUCACGUCCUCACACAGCCACAUGAAGGCUGAGCUGAAAGGCACGUCCAUUUCCUUUCAAAACCCUACUCUCUUCAACACACCCCACAACCCUCUCUCGGGGGCACUCAAAGGGUGUCUUGGGAGCCUCGAUGGAGCUUGUAUUGAGAAGCUCUUGCUUCACUGCGCCAGUGCUUUGGAGAGCAACGACAUCACCUUGGCUCAACAAGUCAUGUGGGUGCUCAACAACGUUGCUUCCCCUGCGGGGGACACUAACCAAAGACUCACCUCGUGGUUUCUGAGGGCACUGAUCUCUAGGGCUUCGAGAAUUUGCCCUGCUGCCAUGAGUUUCAAAGGAAGCAACACCAUUCAAAGGAGGUUGAUGACGGUGACCGAGCUUGCCGGGUAUGUGGAUCUAAUUCCUUGGCAUAGGUUUGGGUAUUGUGCUUCCAACAAUGAAAUUUAUAAAGCAAUAACGGGGUUCCAAAGGGUGCAUAUUCUAGAUUUUAGCAUAACGCAUUGCAUGCAGUGGCCUACUUUCAUAGAUGCGUUAGCAAAAAGGCCUGAAGGACCCCCUUCACUUAGAAUCACGGUACCAUCUUGUAGACCACAUGUACCCCCUUUGGUGAACAUAUCAAUACACGAGGUUGGGUUACGUUUAGGGAAUUUCGCCAAGUUCAGAGAUGUCCCUUUUGAAUUCAAUGUUGUAGGGAACACAGGACCAUUAAUACCCGCUGAAUUGAGUGAUGAAUCAACUAGCUUUCAUUUUGAAUCAAUGUUGAGUCUCUUGAAUCCUACUAUGCUAAACCUCAGGGAAGAUGAAGCUUUGGUCAUAAAUUGUCAAAAUUGGCUACGCUAUUUGUCUGAUGAUAGAAAGGGAAGCCGCCAAAGUCUUUCCCUUAGAGAUGCUUUUCUGCAUCUGAUUAAAGGUCUUAAUCCCCGGAUUGUGCUAUUAGUUGAUGAGGAUUGUGAUCUUAGUGCAUUCAGUCUCGCAUCAAGAAUUACCACAUGUUUCAAUCAUCUAUGGAUACCCUUUGACGCAUUGGAGACUUUUUUGCCUAAAGAUAAUUGUCAGAGGACAGAGUUUGAAUCCGACAUAGGGCAGAAAAUUGAGAACAUCAUAAGCUUUGAAGGGCAUCAGAGAAUUGAGAGGUUGGAGUCCGGGGUGCAAAUGUCUCAAAGAAUGAAAAAUGCUGGGUAUCUAAGUGUUCCAUUCUGUGAUGAAACUGUUAGAGAAGUUAAGGGUUUGCUAGAUGAGCAUGCUAGUGGAUGGGGGAUGAAAAGAGAAGAAGGUAUGUUAGUUCUCACAUGGAAAGGAAACAGCUGUGUGUUUGCGACAGCUUGGGUCCCUUAUGAAAUGAGGGAUGAUCUUGGUAUGGAUGCAUGCAUGUCUUGAACACACUUCAUGAGAGGCAAGUUUGGACCUACUAUGGGAUGUUGUGCUUAAUUCAGUGGUCCAAAGAGGAGGCAGAGGAAUUUCAUCUCUUUGUGUGAAAGGGUUGAAUUUGAUCAUCUGCAAAAGACAACUAGAGAAGACGGCUUGCAGCAUUUUGAAAUUUUUGUGGCAACUUUGUAAUGGAGCUCUAUAGGUUGGACUUGGAUCACAUGAUGAAAGGCAAAAAAGGAAAACAAAAAAUAAUGUGUAAGUUGUCCUUGUAUGAGGAAAAUUUGUCUUCUUAGCUAUGCUUUCUCUUUACGCAGCUUUAACUUGUUUCUGCUCAGACCUUUAGGUAUAUAAGAGGUUGUUGUAUGAAAAAUCUCAACCUUGUUAUCACCUAUUUCUAAUAAUAAAGUUUUUCAGAUUAGUAA